GCCGUUUCGCAAAAUUCGCAAAAUCCCCAUCAGCUGAAACCCUAGCCGCGACCCGCAUCUAAUUUGAGCCCGGUUCCACCAGCGACAUCUCGCCGGAGACGCCGCUGACCCCUCGACGGAACCGACGCCUUCCACCGCCUACGCGGACCUUACCGUCGCGCGAUCCAGGUUUCGAUGGCCGCAUCGUCCCCGGCCUCCAGCGGCAAGGCUGCGAGCGAUUCCUCCGCUCCUCCGGCCCCUUCCCCCGUGGUAUCCAAUGGCAAUGGAACGCCGCAGAAGCCGCCCCCCGUCGCCGGAUUCGACAUGCCCAAGCCCAACCUCCGCGGCCUCAACAAGCCCAAGUGCAUCCAGUGCGGCAACGUCGCCCGCUCCCGGUGCCCGUUCCAGUGUUGCAAGAGCUGCUGCUACAAAGCUCAGAACCCUUGCCACAUUCAUGUUCUCAAACAGAACAACACAUUGCCAGAGAAGACACCACCAGCUCCUAUCCCUUUGUCAGACCAACCAUCUACCAAUUCACCUUUAACAGGUUCUUCGUCGAGGCUGUCUUCCCUACAAAAGCUUCCCCUUCAUUUUCUGAAUUCAAUCCGAACAAGAAAGUCCCUUGCCAAGAAGGACAUUGCAAGCAUAAACAAGUGGAGGUUUAUGAAGCUAAAGGAACAUAUGCAAGGAGAUAUUGAUGUUGAAAAUGAAGCAUAUGAUAGGUACACACAGAAUAUAGGAUUGCUGGAGGAAACGUUCUAUCUCAAAGAAGAUUCUGCUGGUGAACAUGAAACUGAAGCAACUUCCUCGGAAGAAAUGAUGGAAAUAAUGGUCUCUGAGGCAAAGGUGAGGUUAAAAUCUGAUUGCGCAAAUGCAGCUGGCUUUAAAGAGAGGAUUGCCACUGUCUUGGACCAGAAGCUGAAGAAAUUGCAAGAGAGGAACAGUGCCUACGAGGAUGACAACUCCUCUGACCAAAAUCUAGAUGACCAUACGAAGCCUGUGAAGUUGAACAUAAAACAGCAAACAGUGAGAAACGCGAAAACAAACGAGCUGCUUGGUAAGUUAACAAAAGCACAGAGUGAGGAUGAUUUGAAGCCUUGCCUCAGUAUCAUGGCGCAGCUGUUUGGGAAGGAGAUUGCUUCCUCCUCCAUGGGCACAUCAAACAAGUCAAGCGACCAAGAAUCAACCCCUGCAGUUGCGCCCUCUUAUUCAUUUCCGAAGCUCACAACUAGGCUGGAGGUAGACGAGAACAUGAUGUCUAAGAUCAACGAGUUAUAUUCUUUGAGUCAGGUUGUUCAGCUGUAAUCUGGGACCUGGACUGGUCCUAUGCCUCCAAACCCCAGAGGCAUGUCGUGAAUACAAAAUGUGGACUGGUUUCUUGCUGUCUGAUAACGUCAAAACGUAUCCAGUACUGUUUAUCUAGUGUUUCUGUACUGUCUUGAAUAAUGUGAUGAACUGUUUCCAACGAAGUAAAAAAAAACACCAUGGGAGCAAUGGAGUUUUUUUUUAA